AUCGUCGCGCCGCCCAGUGUCUCGCGAUUCAUCGAUCAGUCAUCAGUGUGGUGUGUGUCGCGCGGUUGUUGUUCCGGGAGAGAUCUUUUUUUCCUCCCCUCUCCCUCUCGAGUGGCUCGUCCGUCCCGACGUUUAUUACGGAUAUACUGCCCUCGCGCCGUCAUCUUACGCGGAACGUCGUCGUCUCGCGCCUGUCGCCCUCCACCGUAACCCGUGAAUUCGUGCGCGUGCAUACGGGACGGGCGCCGGGCGAGCGGGCCCAAUCGGGAUCACGGGACGAGAAAGAUGCGACUAAGGAUACGCUGGAUACUUCUGGUUAGCACGGCCGUGGUGAUCUUCGCGGGAUGCGACGCCGCUACCGAGAAGGAACAGAACGACGGCAAACAGAGGACGUCGAGCUCGGCGAGCUCGACUUACAACACCUUCCCGGAUGAUCUGUAUUUGGAUGACCAGGAUGCCUUAGAGGGUUCCGGCCGAGGUGGCAACGACAAUCGCGACGACCUCGAGGCCUCGGGCAGCGGCCUUGGCCCUGACGACGAGGACGGGGACGAUGACCACGAGUUUACCGGUAACAAUGGAUUAGAGGUCCCGAGUAAGCCGACCGAAGCGAGACCUCCGUACGUCGAUGAGACAAACGUCAAAACUAAACAGCAGACGACCAUUGACACCGUGAAUCGACCCGGCAACGAGGUCGACGUAAUCGAGCCCUCAGGCACGGAAGACGAUCACGCUGACAACACCGACGACAUCCACGAGGUGUAUAUCAUGAAUCCGAAACCCGGGGACCGCGCCAGCUCGUUCUUUGCGCAGCCAGGCGUACUAGCCGCUGUGAUCGGCGGUGCGGUAGUGGGCCUUCUCUGCGCGAUACUGGUGGUCAUGUUCAUCGUUUACCGGAUGCGUAAAAAGGACGAGGGCUCGUACGCCCUGGAUGAGCCGAGGAGAUCGCCCGCGGCGCAGGCCUUCCCUAAGCCGGGCGCGCCUCAUCACAAUCGGGAAUUCUACGCUUGAGGCGACGGCGAGGACGCGAUGGCGACUUGGCCGAUUCCUCUCGCGAUCUCACGAUGCCAAGCCGAGUAAAGACCUACCGACGAUCAACGCCCGCUUUCGGAAUUCCGCUGGUCGAUGGUGAAACAAUUACUACGGCGAACCGCAUGGCACGCGCUCAUAGACUCUCCCGAAACGCAAAGUUUUAUUCGAGGAACGUCGCUCAGAACGUCGGCCGAUUCUCGAUUACACGGAUCCCCUUCCUACUCGGUUCCUGCCGAUAUCUCCUUUAUUCUUAGCUUUAAAUCGACCGUUAUAACAUAUCCCCAGUUAACUACUCGAAUUCUUUCCCAUUUCCUCUCUAAAGGGAAAAAAAAACAGUUUUUCACAAUUCUCCCGAGCUUCCCCUAUGAUUUUAUUAUAAACUCGACGCGAGUCCGAGCCGCGACAACGACGUUUGCGCGCACAACGCGUCUUCCGGCCGCCCGAAUUUCUCUUGACUCCAAGAUGACUGUAUUUUCUUACGCGUAUUUCAUCGUGUUCAAAGAAAGAUGUACGCGAGUAAGAGAGUCUGAGGCAAGACGAAUUUGUGGCUCUUGGCCGAGGUACCGUUCACCGAACGCCGAACUUUUUCAACUUGACGCUCCGAUUUGCUCCCUUCGCAACACCUUAUACAGAAUUACUUUUCCGUUGUCCUGACUUUAACCAUAUAUCGUUGAUCUCUGAAAAGAAUCUCUUCGGAGUGUAAUCAUCCCGGCUGGUGACUGAAGCGACGGACAAUGAACGACGAGACUGUGGCUCUCGUAUAUAUCCCGUCGAGACACCGUCGGCGAGGUUGCACCAAUUCCAAGAUGCAUUUACAAGCGUAUUUAGAGAGCGUAUAUGUAAAUAUAUAUAUAUAUAUAUAUAUAUAUAUAUAUAUAUAUAUAUAUAUAUAUUUACGUGCAUGUAUACAUAUAUAUACAUGUACAGGACUACUGAGAGCGUGAAAAUUCGUGGGCGAUAAACGCCGCUGCUAUGUCGUUAAUCAUUCUGUCUCCCGGUGGAAGGAGGGAAGGGAAGAAGGAUCGUUGCGGCGUCGUGAUUUCUCUCCGACAGCAAGAGCAGCGAGGAGUUAAGCUGCAACCUCGUUCGCGCGUUGCUGCUAUUACUUGUUCACUUCUCUUUUUUUUUUAAUUUAUGAUAUUUACUUCUUUGAUACGAGCGCUUAAUAUUGAGUUCGACGAAGAUUUAGGUCUUUUAUUGCGCGUUCGCGUUCCGAUAGGAGCGAAAACGACCAUAUUGAUCGAUUGCAGAGAGGAUAAAAAGGGCGCCUAUAUUAAGAAUAUGUGUUAAGCAUUAAUCGUGUAGCGCGACCGCAUCGACCCACAUUACAUAUUCUAAGGGAAACAAAAAAGUAUUUCACGUCGAUGCAUUUCUAGAAAUUGUACAUGUUGCACAAAGUGGUUAGAACUUAUUUGAUCGAUCGGUCGCCGGUACUGUACAUAUCGUUAUAAAAAAUAGCGAUUAUUUCUGAAACAUAUAUAAGAUUUUAUACGUAUUUUCUCUCUUUGUUUGUAUUCUAGAAUGUUGAAGGAUAGACAAUUCAACGCUCAUAUUUUUGAAUAUUUAAUUAUAUUCAGUUGUUUUUUAAUUAUUUUUUUUUUUAUUGAGUAUUUCUAAUGCCAGCUUCUUGCGCGAGAUAAGCGUACUUCAAAUUUUGAAGAUAAGAUUUGAUGAUUGAAAACAUAUAUGAACUUGCUCGCAAUUUGGAUCAUUUUAUUGCUUCGUUAAGUGCUUUAUGUAAAUUAUGUUUAGUAUAUCGAGAAUUUAUAUAUAAAACUGAAACUGUCCCAGUAAUUGUGACUCUCGCAUUUUAACGUGUUGUCAGACAUUUAGCAAAGUUUAUUAUUGGAAUCUUACUGUUGUACGAAUCACCAAUUUGCAAUUAAUUCUUUUAACAAAUAAAGUAAUGCAGUAAAUUCUCAGUUAUCGUGCCAUAUUUUUUUGAAACGCAAACCGCCAGCUAUGUGUGCGUGUCGCCAAUACCGCGAUCGACGUUUCCAUCUUCCAAACCGCAUUCCUGCAGAAAUAAAAUGCAGCUUUUAAAACUUUAGGGAAGUUCCUUUGUAGAGACUGAAUAUUUUUCAUUUCUCCAAUGCUUGGAGGAAUAUUGGACGAGCAGAAAUAGCUCGUAGAGAUCCGAAUCAAGUUUGCAUGGCAAUGGGACGUCACAUUCUUCCCUCCUUCCACCCAUAAGAUAAAACAUCCCAUUUUUAUUAUCCGGGUCGACUCUUCUACUGAUAAAAAUUUUUGAUACAUCCGUCUGAGGUGUAUCUUAUCUUGAAGAGAUUCUAACGACGAGAAAUCACGUUGCCAUAAAGUGAAAGAUGAAUGUUACGUUUGACAGGCGCAGUUACCUAGGACACGAAAAAAAGAAGAAAAAAAUAUGUAGUUCCUCUUUGCCCCAAGAGCGGUAUGAUAGCGCGCACGCCUUAACACGACAGAAAUGAUGCCAUAAUGUUGUAUUAGACAGCGAAAGGGAACACGCGAAAAGCGAUACAAAUGCAUAUAUUCAUUCGGAAUUUUUUCCCAUAGCCGACAUUCGUCACGCGAUCGAUCCGCAUCACGGAGUCCACUUAUUUAUUAACAUUUUUUUCUUCACUUCGCGUGGUUUUCUUGGCCGUUUUGCCUUUCUGUCGACCUCGUUUAUUUUCCAUACUUUUUUUACGAUCUUACAAUCCCCCUCUUUUUGUGAAUGUGAAUCUCUCUCUUUUUUUUCCGCCCCGACAGUGAGCGUCGUCUUUUUGCAGAAUCCGAUCCGUCGCGAAAAAUCGGACCCGUUGAAGUAAUUAAAAGUAUAUCAUGCCAAUACUGCCAUGUACUACGUAAGGAACAGCGAUUUGGUACGAAACUCUCACGAAUCCGCCUUAUAACAACGUUGUUUGCCACCUCACACCACUCUCAAUUCCUUCAUCACUUUGCAAAUUUAGAUCUUUUUGUUUCUCUUUACCUAAUUCAUGCUUCUUAUGUGCGUCCGAAUAUGCUAUUACGAAAAGUGUAGAAUCUACUACAUCUUAUUUAUUUUAUUAUCAAGAAUAUUAUAUAAUUUCCUCUCAUCCACGGCCAAUUUUUUGCUUCAAUUUUUAUUUGUUGAACAUAACUCCAUGGAUUGCUUUGACAAUUUCUCUUCGGCAUAUCAUGCCAUUGUAAUUUUAUUUCAUUCACUGCAUUUUAUUCGAUCAAAAAUUACUUGUACGUAAACGAACCUUCGAGAUUCUUUUGUGCUUUCAAACACGACUCAAUUUUACUUACUUUACUGAAUUUUUUUAGUGUAUCCAAAAUUGGAAUGGUACACAUAAAAAAUCAAUCAAUAAGGAUAAUAAUGAUAAGAAUAUUAAUAUAACGACGAUUAAAUAUAAUGCCGAUUAUGAUCAAAGAAAUCCCUAAUUUCUUGUAACUUAUUAAGUCGAUAUUUUUUUAUUGUAUCAUUUUUGUUUCAAUUUUUAUUUUUUUUAAUGUGGAUCGAUUAGAUUCCUCCAAUACUUCACACGAUUCUUUAAUCAAUCUAUAACUCUACAAACACAACAUUUGUUAUGCUUUUAUCUAUUAUUCUUUUUUUUUCGUCAUCUUUUUAAUCUCUUUUUUCUUUCCUCUCUCCUUCUCUUCCUCCUUCCCUCUUACCCCUUUUUUUUCGGACACGCUUGUCUCGUGUGAAGUAAACAAGGAAAGACCUAGAAAUUGGGGGCUCGUAAUCUUUAUUAAUAAUCGUACAUGAUAUAGAAGAAAUUGUUCGUUAGAUAGUAAUUAAUUGACCUCAUGGUGUCGCUUGCCUUAGCUUUUGCUAGCUUAUGCUCCACCACGCGGCCAAUUAACACCUGAGAGAAAUUAAGUGAAGAAGGGAUGAAAAAUAAUAAUUGUAAUGAAAUCAUAUUUUAUAAGAAAACGUAAUUCCGUAAGAACAUUAUAGCAAUGAGAAGUCAGUAAUACUAGGCAAAGCCCAUAGGCCAGGUGGACGAAUGAACAUAAUUUUAAAAGUAAAUUAAUAUUUAAUAAUAACGAUAAUAUUAACAAUGUUAUUUUUUAAGUGUAAGUACCGUCAUCCCGUCGCUCCUCUUCCUCCUCCUCCUCCUUCUCCUUUUCGUCCUCUUCUUGUUUCCUAACUGAUCUAUAUUACAUAUAUGUGUAUAUAUCUCCGUCUAUGCACGAACCCACAAAAAUACGUAUAUACAUGUAUAUGUACUUAUAUAUAAAUAUAUAGAUAUAUUAUAUUCGCUCGUGCAACUGCGAUAAAACGCAUUUGUUUCAGUUUUUCUCACUAGUAUUUCAUAUCAUUCUCCCCUUCUGUGAAAUUUAAAUCGACUUCCUGUCCAUAUAUAAUCAUAUGCCAAGCAACUUCUUACUGAAUGCAAAAGAUUGAAUAUUCGCAUUGUCGCUGUUGCGGACAUCAAAGUAAUUAUUAUGUUAUUCUUAAUUAACGGGAAUUAAUAAUUGCACUAUUAGUAUAAUAACAAACAAUAAUGUAUGUCAUCGCUCCUAUUCUGUAAAUAAAUACUAUACCGUCUAAGGAAACGGGUUGGAAACUUCUUUGAGAUGCGAUGAACAUCUCUGCUAUUUCAUACAAUUGUGGAGUUCAGGGAUUCGUAAAACCGUACACUGGAAUAACGAAGGAAGAUUAUUUGCACUUUAUUUGUAUAUCAAAAUAUAGUAUGUAUUC